AUGUACACUGUAUGGACAAUCACCGCUACUGUGUCGGGUUUGACCGGUAUUUUGGUGUUCAACUACUUUUUCUCAAAGUGCAACUACCGCAAAAUCAUGAUCAUUACCACGGUCGUACUCGUACCUUUAUUGUUGCCCGAGGUCAUCAUGCUCAAGCGUUGGAAUGUAAAGAUCGGCAUUCCCGAUCACCUCUUUUACAUUGGUACCAGCACUAUCAUUAUACCACUGAUCAAAAUGAUCUCAUGGAUGGCAACGGCAAUACUGCUGUCGCGCUUGUGCCCGCGCGGCUCCGAGAGCACGGUGUAUGCACUCCUAGCCAGCUUCUGCAACCUCGGCCACACCACCGGCACCUCGAUAGGUGCCAUCUUGAUGGAGUAUGUGUGGCCCAUCAAAAGUAAUCCGCCGUGCAACUUCAAGAACGCCGUGAAACUCGUCAUUGUCUGUCACAUCCUCCUGCCGCUCCUGAUCAUCCCGCUGACCCUGUUGCUGCCAAACGUCCGUGUGUCUGACGAUAUCGACAUCGAUGGCAACGUGAUAUCGAAAACGACACAAGAAGAGCCCCAUGUGAAGCCUGGCAAGGACAGCAACAAGGCCCACUGA